AUGAGUGGCAACAUUGUCCUGCCCGACCCUUCGGGGGUCAACCCCUACGAUACCGACCAACGCCGCCUCUAUAUGGAGAAAGUAUUUCGCUCCCAGGAUCUCUGGGAUAACCUCAAUCAGAGGCCCAAGUUUCCAACAGUCCGGAAGCUGGCGGAGGAAGAUGUGUGUGAGAUGCUCGAUGAGAAGGGGUUCCAUAAUGCCGGUUCCCCCUUCUUCGAGUGGGCCGUCGAUGAGAGUGUCUGGCUCACGGUUUUUACCUGGGCGAAGAUCGAUCUCGAACGGGCUCCCUGGCCUUUCGCGGAUCGUCAGAUCCCGUCCGCCAGAAACUUGUCGGGCAGCGUGUCUCGCACCUACAGGAGCUGGAGACAGAGCCGCGGCCUGUCGAUUGAGGAGCCGGAAGGGGGGAAGCCCGAUCGAGCUCAUCGCUUCAAGAAGGCCCCCGAGGAGUCCAAGGGGAAUAUGUCCGCCGUCACGGCAAACACACCCCAACCUCCCGCUGGCCAGACGGCGAGUUCACACUCGCAUGUCAGCCAAAACGGACCUGCGUCGGUACAGGCUCAGCCUAGUCCGACUGCAGAUGUGAUCCCUCGUGGUCCUGCUCCCAAACAGGAGAUGGACGACGAGGAUCACAUGAUGACUAGUGCUAUAGAUCCCAGCAUCCCGUCCUGGCCUCUUCCCGCUACCCGCGAUAAUAGGACGCAGCGGAUGCAGGAGCCUAGUGACGCCGAUCGCGGGUUUGAUGGCGCCAGAUCAUCUGGACGGUGGCCCAAGUCCGACCACGGACAGGGCACACCAGGUGGCCAUCUCGUGGCACCUAUCCAACCCUUGCCGAGCCGCGAGGCUCUCGCCAUUGAGCGAUUGCAAAGUGAGUUUCAGGAGCUGCGAGAGACGAACACCUGGAUCGUCGAAGAGCUCCGAGACAGCAAGGCCAGAGAAGCCAGGAGUGCCAGAAUCAUUGAACAGAUGCGCAUAGAGCUGAACGCUAUUGUCAAGAUCCUGCAGACACCAGUGACAGCAAGCACUAGAACAUGUCAAUCGGAUGGAGGCAUCUGCUUUGCGUUUUGCGGACUUGGUAUGAUCAAGGAUCCUUCUGAGUCUGUGACCAUUGAGACAUCUCUACAACAGCGCAAGGCUGCUUGGGAGAUCUCACCUACAUUUGCAGCAAGGCUCGUAACCUCGGUGGGGUCACUGUACCUACCGCGACACAUGAGCGAGUAUACAAUCCUUUCCAUUCGACAGUCAGGGUUAGGGUUGAGUCCGGCGACCAUCAAGUAG